AAUUAUGCAUUAGAUUGUAUUUGGUUCUAGAAGUGACUCCCGUUUUCCUAAAAAAUGUAAAUUUUCUGUAAAUUUCAACUCAUAUUGAAAUCGAUUUUCCAAGUAAUGUAUUUUCGUAUUUAAUAUACAGCAAUAGUAUAUUCAUUCUCAAAUUUUUUUUGGAACGAUACAUUUGGAAAGUUAGCAGCUGCCAAUGAAGAAGCAAUAGCAGAUGCAUUGCAGAAAUUGGCAGAACGUCAAGCAGCACGACAGUAUUCUGCAACUAGUCAAUUGCAAGCCUUGACUCAACAUCUCUCAAACAUAAAUUUGGCAAAUAUGUCUGCAGCACGACGGCAAGCCGUUCAACAGCAGCAUAAUUUGGGAUCUCAGCGAGCAUCCAGUCUAUCAGAUCUUGCUGCAACGGAUCCUUCUGUGCAAAGUAUGAUGGAAAAUGGUUUAUGGGAUGCUGAUGCAGGCAUUACGUUAUCAGGUGCCAACAAAUACAGAAAUAUUAACCCAGCUGGUCAAUCUCAGGCAUUGGCUGAACAAAGCAAAGAACUUCUGCAAGAAAGCAAAGCCAAACAUCAAGCCAUGGUGGCUCAGGUUAUUGAUGGGUGGAGAGGAGAGACAGAUAUUGAGGUUAAUAAUGCAGGAAAUUUUUACGAUGAAGAAAGUUUUAUUUCAAGUGGAGUUCAGUGCAUUGAGCCACAGAGGAGAAAUUUCCUCGAUUCUUUAAUGUGUGGAUGGGAUGAGGAAGAAUGUGAAGAAACCACAGAGGAUCAAUGUUCAAAAUUGUGCAGAAUAGAAACAGUUUCAGCUUAUAGAUGGGAAUCACCAAGAAACAAUUCACCAGAAAAAAGUCUUUUCUAUUACAGACUUGUAGAAUCUUAUGUUCCAUUAAAAUAUUCCGUCACCAAAUUUUGCCCAUGCAGUAAAAAAGCAGUUGAUGAUUCUAAAGCUAGUUUGCCAUCAUCAAGUGAGAAAGGUUCCUUGACGGAAGAUUGUAGACCGAAAGUUAAAUCAUGUAUUAACCAUGACUGCAAAGAUAUGAAUGAAAAAGACCUAGUCAAGGGGAACGGUAGCAUGCCAAUUUUGAUCAUAAACGCCAAAUCAGGCCAAAAUCAAGAGUAGAAAAUGUUUGGAAUUCAUACCAUAAAACUGGUUCAAACAGUAGCAAUCCAUCCGCAAAAUCAUCGAAAUCUCUAAAAAAAAAUUCCAGAGAAAGUUCGGACAAAUCAUCGAAUGAAUUGAGCCUUGAUACGUCUUCAAGUACAAUGGUAUAUAAGAAUGCCCUAGACUGGGCAAAAACGGGAGACAAUCAUACUGUACAAAACGCUAUAUCAGGCAUCAAAGGAAUGUUUGAGGCAGGAGAACUACCUUGUAAAAGAUGGAGAUAUCAGAAUUCAUGCGCAGGUUCCAUAAGAACAGCAGAGAGCUGUAGGAAAAACAAAAAGGAAGUUGUUAAUAGUAACAAAGAAAGAAAAGCUACCCAAGAAAAAACAGUUAAGAGAAAGGCACAUAACAUGGUUUCGAUGGGAGUUGAUGCAAAAUCACAACACGUAUAUGAGAACAGAUGACUCAUACUCACUCAGACAUCGUCCAAAUUCAGCCUCAUCAAUAGCUCAUAAACUGUCAUCUUCAGCGAAUGCAUCUACCAAUAAUAGUUCUCGACCACCUCAGGUGCCAUGACCACCAGAAAAACCUAAACCUGUUGAAAGAGUUGUUCCUACUGUGAGAAAACAAUUAGGAAAUACUAAAAUCACUCGAACGGGAAGUCACCCAAUGUUGACGGGUUUGUCCCCAAAUCCUUCUACUAUGACAGUGAAUGAUGAUAGCCUUCAACUUGACUUUUACAACAGUUUCAAAUAUGACAACUCGACAGGAUCAACUAGUAUCGUAGAGAAACCACAAGAGUAUCACACUGUGGGAAAUACAAAUGGUGCUGUAAAUGUUGUAUCAAGACCAUCCAGUGCCAAACGACCGACUUGGAAACCUUGAACCAAUUUCUACUUCAUCUGUGUGUUCUAUUCAGAUAAUGACAUCAAAGAUUUGUUCUGUAUCGAUUCGAUUCUUAUUUUUAUUCCAAAUGUUAUGCAAUACGAUAUUCAACAAUAUCAAAGUGAAAUGCUGAACCAAACUAAUUUUAACCAUAUUAAGUAUUAAAUUUUAUAUAGAUAUUAUUAACCACUAUUAUUUUUUAUUUUCGUUAUUAGAAACUGGUAUUUCAUUUAUUACAUAUAUAGCACAUUAAUUCUGUUCCUGAUGUUUAGUAGUAUUGCUAAAUUAACUGAUGCUCUGAUAUUGUUUGAAUAGACUAUUAGUCUUUGAAAGCAUCAUUUAGUUUAUUGGUGCUCUAUGUUCUCGCUUAAUUAAAACAAUACAUAACAAGAUAAAGAAGGUUGAUAGAAAAUUAAUGAAAUUUCACCCGCUUUUGACACUUUCAGAGAUUCUAGCAUUGUUUCUGUAAAGCAACAGCACUGUGAUUUCUCUAAAGUGAUGAACUGCUGUAUUACCAGUAACUUGAAAUGUUCUAGCGUUUUUGUACUUAUCACAUUUGUUUCUAGAUGUUUUUAACUCUUGUAUACUACAUUAUUUAUACCAAUGUGAGUACAUUACACCUUUUAUACCUGUCGAAAUUGAUUUUCCUAUUAUGCCAAACUGUGGUUACUAUUCCUGUUUUUUCCCCUUUUUUCUCGCUUGGUGAACAUACUUAAUUGUAUAAUUUAUAUUAUAGUGGCAAAAUGUUAUUUGGUCUAUAACAUUGAAGAGCUGUACUUAAGACUAUCAAAUUUUUACAUUUAUUUGAAUGUUUUGCGUCAUUGUUUUUUGUAUUGUACUAAUACCAGUUAACAUUGUUUGCUGCAUUUAGUGAGAAAGAAAUCUUUUUCAGUGAUUCAGUGAGCAACAUUUUUGCUACACCAAGAUAAUUUAUCAAUGCAAUCUGGUAAACAAAUAUUAGCAAGUAUUGCUCAUGAAUUCUGUUUCUUUUCAGUACAAUAUACAUGUAGGCUCAUG